AUGCAGUCCGCUGUUGGUAACCUGACCCCGUCAGGCCUCAGCUACCGGAAGCACGUCAAGGGCCAUAUCGUGGUCUUUCCGAACAAGGUCGAGGACCUCGUUGCCACAUCAGUUCAGAUCUCAUCCAUGACUUUGAGGCGAGCUAUCGAGGGAAAUAUUUUGACGUGCAGUUACUCGAGAAGCGAGAACGGAGAGGAAAGAUUGAGUAUUGUGUUGAGUGGAAGGGUCAUCCAGAGGCUGAGAAUCAACGACGUGGCAGCACAGGACGGGUCGAUUAUUUUUAAUCUUUGUGUCGGGGCGGCGAUGGCGUAG